GGAGGGGGGCGGGGGGGCAGUUGCGAGAGAGAGAGAGAAAGAUCUGUAAUUGUUCCUAAGUAUUCUCUGGUGCAAAAGAGGAAUACCAUAGCCUACAGGAUUGCUUCAUUACCCAAGGAGUUCAUACCAUUAAUGGAACCGGGAUUUUACCAAGGAAGCAGCACACAUCAACAUUAACGCCAAUCUAGAUUCCAGUGACUAGCAGAACGAGCCGAGAGCUCUGAAUUUUUAAAGGUCUCGCAGCCUCUGUGCUCUGACUGACGCUGGGGAGCUAGGGAGAGAAAGAGAAGUGAAUCAAAAUUACUACAGCCAGUUAGUGUCGAAUUUGGCUUCUAUCGAGCUGCCAGGAAAAGUUGGCAAAAUGCCCUACUUCGGCAACCUCUUAUCUCAUUGGUUAAAAGUUGUGACAGAUGAUGACUGAAAACACUAAAUUCGCAUCCAGUUCCAGAUUCAUCCUGAUGUUUACUGAAUGAAGUUAAGUUGCUGAUAUGUGUUCAAGAUGAGUGCACCUGGAGAAAACACUUUAGAAUCGGUGUCCUCCGAUUCAAGAAAACGAAAGCUUUCUUCUUUUGAUGCUCAUGGAUCAAGUGUGAAUUGCAGCAUUGAAAAACGUCGUCGUGAACAGGAGAGCAAAUACAUUGAAGAACUGGCUGAGCUGAUCUCUGCAAACCUGAGUGACAUCGACAACUUCAACGUGAAACCUGAUAAAUGCGCAAUCUUGAAAGAAACUGUGAGGCAGAUACGGCAGAUAAAGGAGCAAGGUAAAGCAUCCUCAAAUGAAGAUGAUGUGCAGAAAGCAGAUGUAUCUUCCACAGGACAAGGAGUUAUUGACAAGGAUUCACUGGGGCCCCUCUUGCUUAAGGCCCUGGAUGGCUUUCUAUUUGUGGUCAAUCGAGACGGAAACAUUGUGUUUGUGUCUGAAAAUGUUACCCAAUACCUACAAUACAAACAGGAGGAAUUGAUGAACACUAGUGUUUAUAACAUACUUCAUCAAGAGGACCGUGAUGAAUUCCUUAGAAAUUUGCCAAAAUCUGCAGUGAAUGGGGUUUCGUGGACAAACGAGACGCAGAGACAGAAGAGCCACACGUUCAACUGUCGCAUGUUAGUCCAGAUGCCAUAUGUUUCUUUGGACGAGUCCAGUGGAAGCCACGAACCACGUCAGAAACAUGAAACGAUGCAGUGCUUCGCUCUUUCUCAGCCGAAGGCUAUAACCGAAGAAGGGGAAGAUCUGCAGUCCUGUAUGAUUUGCGUAGCAAGACGAAUUACACCAGUGGAGAGAUCGCAGUUCCCCUCUAGCACGGAAAGCUUCGUUACAAGGCACGAUAUGACGGGGAAGAUUACUUCGAUAGAUCCAAGUUCUCUGCGCGCCUCAAUGAAGCCGGGCUGGGAAGACCUUGUAAGAAGAUGUAUACAGAGAUUCUUUCAUCACAAUGAUGGACAGCCAUGGUCACUGAAAAGACAUUAUCAUGAAGCUUUGAUGCAGGGCCAAGCAGAGAGUUCCUUUUACCGAUUCUCCUUGUCAGAUGGUACUGUGGUCACUGCGCAAACCAAGACAAAGCUUCUGCGCAAUCCAGUGACCAAUGAGCCUCUUGGCUUCAGCUCCACACACGUGCUUCAGAGGGAGCAGAAUGGCUGCAGGAUGAACCAAAAUACCAUGGGACAAGAAAUGAUGAAGACUCUUGCCCCAGCAAGCACAAAUCCUUCAGGCAAUGUGAACAUGCCAUCAGGGGCAUCAGGACAGGGAUUGCCAGUGCAAAACAACAUGAACUAUGGCCAGAAUAACAUGAAUGACCCGAAUUCUAUGGGACAAAUGGCGAGCAACAGGUUCAGUGGUGGUGGUGGUGGAGCAAUGAGCCAUGGAGCAGGUAUGCAGGCACCUGCCUUACAGGGGAGCAAUUAUGCACUGAGCAUGAAUAGUCCCCCCCACAGUAGCCCUGGGAUGAGCUCAACACAGCAGAACCUGAUGCUCUCACCAAGGCAUCGAAUGAGUCCACGAAUGGGACCCAGCCAAUAUUCUUCAUCUGGGGGCAUGCAGUCGCCGGUGGGACAUAUGAACAACAUGGGAAGUAGCACCUUCUCCAGCAGCUCCCUGAAUGCGCUUCAAGCUAUCAGCGAAGGCUUGGGUGUUUCACUCCUGUCAUCGCUAUCGUCACCGGGUCAGAAGAUGGAGAAUUCCCCCAACGUGAGUUUGUCACAGCCGCCUAAACUAGGUAGCGUGGAUCUAAAGGAUUCUCCGGGCCUUUUCGGGGAGCACAGCCAAGUGGAGAGCACAGUCGGUCGGCCGGAAAGUAGAGAUGCUCACAGCGAGCAGAAGAACAUUAAAGAAGGAAAUCUCAAUCAUUUUGUUGGUGGCGACAACCCAGAGGGGCAAAGAAGGUUCCACGAGAACAAAAACCACACUAAACUUUUGCAGUUGCUGACCUCGCCCUCCGAUGAUAUGGGACUGACAUCUUUAACCAACUCCAGCUUGGAUUCUGGUAUCAAAGAUUCCUCCGGUGGCAUCACAAGCCCCUCUGGAGUCUCCUCCACCUCGGUGGCGGCUGGUAGCGCUGGUGCUGCCGCUGGAUUGCAUGGAUCUUCUGUACAAGAGAAGCACAAAAUUUUGCACAAGCUUCUCAAGAACGGCAACUCUCCUGCCGAAGUAGCCCAGCUCACUGCGGAGGCUACGGGCAAGGAGUCGUGUCAGGAUUCGGGCAACACCACAGCAGUCGGAGAAGCCGUGAUCAAACAAGAGCAGCUGAGCCCGAAGAAAAAGGAAAGUAAUAAUUUACUGCGAUACCUGCUAGAUAAGGAUGACCCGAAAGAUCCUGCUUUAAAUGAUAUUAAGCCUAAAAUUGAAGGUAUGGACGGUAAGAUGGAUGCUUGCAAUGCAGGGAAACCUACAGGUUCAAUACAGGUGAAAGACGAACUGCACAUAAAGACUGAACGACCUGACCAGGCGAGCAAUGAAUUUGACACUUUAGAUGACAUUCUGGGUGGUUUAUCCCACUAUUAUCCUGAAUCUGGGAACAGUAAUGUUAUGAUCAACAAACAAGCCAUGUUUCAGGAAGUCAUGGGCUUUGGAAGUGAACGAGGCCAUUCACCUUCUCCAGGAACACAGAAGCAGAUCCGUGGCAAUUUAAGCAGUCCACAGCCUAUGCAAAGUUCCAGACCUCGGUUUGGCCGAGCAAUGUCAUUGGAUGUUAACAGCCAGGGCCAGAUGAGUGCAGGACUUGUCCCACCGAUACGAAGCAGUGGCCCAUAUGCCAUGAUGACAAAGCAGGGGCUAAUGGCAAACCGGAUGGGAGGCAGCCAAGACCAUUUUGUAGGGAGUACAGGAACACACGGAGGUCUGAGCGUGGCUCAGCAGUCGGCCAUGGCAACGGGAGAAUGGGGGUUAGCAAACGUUGCUGCUGGAAACGCCUCGAUGAUGAGACCUGGCGCAGACUAUAGCUCCUCUAUACAAAGAGCGAUGGUCGGGAAUCCCGCGCUCGCGAUGCAAAUGCGAACUAACGGGCAGCCUGGGCCUCGAACAAUGCUUCAGCAACAGAUGAUGGGGAUGAGACCUUCAGAAAUGGACAUGAGUCUCGGUGGUCCCCAGUUUGGGCAACAGCAAGUCCCACCCAAUCAAACCACAUCGUGGUCUGAUAAUGUGCUUCAAAUGGAGCAAGUACACUCAGGUGGCCAGGGCAGGCAGCCAUUUGGAGGUUCGCUGGAUGACCUUCUUUGCCCUCCAACGACUGCAGAGGCUCAGAGUGAUGAAAAGGCUCUUCUGGAUCAACUCGAUACACUUCUGAGCAAUGCCGAUGAAAUGGGUCUAGAGGAAAUUGAUCGGGCUUUAGGAAUUCCAGAUCUUAUUAGCCAGGUCCAGCCUCUUGAGGCCCACGCAGACCAGUUCUCAGUGCAGGACACGGCCUUAAUGCUGGAACAGAAAGCGAUGUAUGGUCAACAGUUUAAUUCCCAGGCUGGUCCCAUGCAGGGAUGCUAUCCUUCAAUGCAGGGCCAGCAACCGGGGUUUAACGCUAUGAUGAAUCAAAUGGGCCAGCAAGGCAGCUUCCCCCUUGCCAGCUUCCACCCUAGAGCUACUUUUGCCCGCCAUCGCAUGAUGAACGCUCCUGCUCCCAAGCAGCUUCGACUCCAGCUGCAGCAGAGGCUACAAGGACAGCAGAUGUUGAACCAGAAUCGUCAGUCACUUGGAAUCAAACUGGAGAAUCCCAAUACAGUGAAUCCAGCCCUGAGGCCAGGCAUGCAACAACAAAUGGUGGCUCAGGGUUUUCUCAAUGCACAGAUGAUGCAGCGUCACAGAGAGAUCUUGACCCAACAACUCCGCCAGAGGCAGAUGAUGCACAGAGCCAUGUUGAUGCGGCAACAGCAGCAGCAGCAGCAGCAGCAGCAACAGCAGGGCUUCAGCCCACCUCCCAAUGUCACGGCUCCCACUGGCAUGGAAGGUCCUAUGGGAGGCCCUCAGUUAACCCCGGCAUCGCCACAGCAGUUCUCGUAUCCGGCAAACUAUGGGAUGAAUCAACAAUCUGAUCCAGCUUUUGGCAGAGCUCCCAGUCCCCACAAUACACUUAUGUCAAGGAUGGCACCUCCACAGAACCCCAUGAUGCAGCACCCCCAAACUGCCGCCGUGUACCAGACAACCACCGACAUGAAGGGCUGGUCGACGGGCAACAUGGGUGGAAAUAGCUCGUUUCCACAACAGUCUCCACAGCAAUUUGGGCAGCAGACAAACCCCAGCACAUACAACAGCCUGAUGAAUAUGAAUGCCAACAUGCCAGUAAAUGCUAGUGUCAGUAGUAUGGGCCAGAUGCCAGGGCAAAUGAGCAUGGCUCCAAUGUCUGUGUCAGGAAUGUCAACCAUGGGUACAGAGCAGAAAUAUUGCUGACGACUCAGGAUGGAUGAUCAUCAAUCCAAAAGGUUCGUUUUGGGUCCACGUAACUUUUGAGAAUAAUGCACUGUGAGAAUUUACAGCAGACAUUUCAUUACAGAAAAAGAAAUGAACGCCCACCCGACUGUGCUGCUGGCAAUUGGUGCAACCCAAAAACCAGACCAUUGUGCCAGCCCGCUGAGGUGUGCAUUUCUUAAGGGAAAAAAAACGAAUCUCUGUUUUUAUCAGACACGUUCAUAUUAUCAGAGGGAAGACUCUUGGCAGCAGCACACACCGCCGGUCGAAAACUCAGAUUGUUUAGCAUCUCGCUUUGUUUUAUAGUCAUUUUUUUUCCCCCCCAUCAUCUGGUUCCUAUCUUCACUUGCCAAAACUUACACCUUACUAUAUUGCAGUACCUCGCCUUGGUUUCUGUGGGGCAGUAUUGUGAAAUGUCACUCAUAACGUAGUCAUUCCAAAUAUUUUAAAUAAUGACUGCUGAGUGUCCGUAUAGAGCAGUGUGCUUGUUGAUGCACUUUAGAGAAGGCUGAUGUAGUCAAAGAUCACUGCAGUGUUUCAUAAUCAGUGUAGACUUUACUAAACUAUUAUCUGCACAUCAUUAGCAGAAUUCUUUCUCCUUUUUCCAAAUAGUCUUUGGAUUAACUCAUUGGUAUUUCAAAGAUCAUCACAUUCAAACUCAAAAACUAUGUUCAUCAACGUCCAUUUUUUUCCUAAUCUGCAUAUGCAAAGCCAAGCAAUAAUCUUUGUUUUACAAUGUUGUAGAUAAAAUUUGAAAUGGAUUAAAGGCAAGGGUGCAAGCUGUUGAUUCAAAGCAAGGUACUGCUGCCUUGGAGACCUGGAAGCUGGUUCCUGUGAAUAUAUCUUGUAAAUAGCGAAUACAAUAUAUUAUAUAUACACUUUUAUAGGUCACAUUAACUGAUUUUUGCACAGUGUUGGUGAGGCUAAAUAUUUGACAGAACUGUUUCUGUACACUUGCCCUUUGGCACCACUUCAUGUUGUCAGUCGGUCCUCUUUACGCCAGGCCUCGACAACGCAGCCAAUUUGCAGGAAAUGUGCAAAAGGUUCCGGUUUCCCCACGUUAGUCGUCCAAAUUUAAUUCUGUGCCACCAAUCUGGUUUUUAUCUUUGUAAAAGCUGUAUUCCUCCCACCCCACCCCACACACCCAUGAUUGUGUUUAUAUCUAUAUAAAAAAAACAUUGCUUCUAAAAUCUGCGACUGUGACAACAUGCCUGAACAUCAUGCUUAAAUUAGCCAAUGUUAACUGUUCAAACGCUUGAAUAAGGAUUUGUUGCCCACCGACAGGCACUUGUUUAUAUUACUGAAACUGAAUUCGCCAUCAGGUGUCGCUUAAGUCCUCUUUUGUCCCCAGUGGGGGAGAGGAAUGCUGUAGCCGGACAUGGGCACAGGCAGUUUGUUGAGCAAUAAGUGCUGAAGAGUCCUGAAGUCCUUGCGAUUAGAGCCUGGAAUCCAGAAACAAACUGUUGUGAUGACACGUGUUAAGAAGGGGUUCCUUGUUUUUUUUUCCCAUCAAUACUCUUAGAAACAAACCAUGCAGUUGGAAUAAAAUUCACGCCAUCGUUCAAACUGUUUCAAUUCUUUGAAAAGGAUACACGUGUUGCCUCAAACAGUAGCUUGCUUUUUACAUGGCUUUUACUCCAUAGGAAUUAAAUUCAACGUAAUUGCUUUAAUUUGAGUAGAGGCUAUGGAUCCCGUUUGAAUCUAAAUGCAAUCACCAUCAUAUAAUGAGCGACUGACUGACUGGCAGACUAGACUAUGAGCGUCAUAGAAUUUAUGGUGACCUCAUUCAAUAUAUUAGAGUACAUAUUAAUAUUUAGCUCUCAAAUUAAACUUCGGUUACUUUUGAUUUUUUGGGGUAUUGAUAUUUUGGGGUGUUUUGUAGAUAUUCAUUUUUUUUUAAAAAACGGAAAAAAAAACACUUGUUUUGGAAGUUGAAUCAGAGCAGUUAUAGCACUGCUUUCAGGGUGUCUAAACAUGGCUACUUUUCUUGAUCAACUCUUCAAUAAAAAUCUAAAGAAAAUCGUACAAAGUUACACUAUAUUUGAAAGCAAUGGACUGCUCAGCAUAGGGAAGUGAAAUUAUUUUGCUUAUCUAAGCCUUUUCCCACAUGUUCCUUUACCUGCCUCUUGUCUCUUCCCUUUCUCCCCCGACUCCCUUUCCCUGCUUAGUUCCCUGAAGCUUAUUGUGUUCUGCAAAGUUGGCUGUGUUUUUUUAAAAAAAAAAGACUUUGUCUAAGUGGUUAACACAAUCUUGAGUAGAGUUCUAGUACAGAGAAGGCUUUUGCUGUAAAAUGCUGCCGGCGAACUUUAAAUGCAGACUCUUUCUUCUCGAUUCCAGGGGUUCAAGUGGGCAAAUCUCACCAAACCCAUGCAAUGUUUCUGACUGAAAUGCUGUGCAAGUAGUACAGUAUUACUGCGACUACAUUUGUUUUACGGCUUCUGUGACUCAUUUUAUAAAAUUAUUUUGCGAUCCACACUCAUGCUUGGCUCGAGUACAGGGGCUGGAAGAUCAACAUGACAAGCCUGGUUGUACAUUAUUUUAAUAACUUACAUUAGUAGAUGAGCAGCAUUUUGAUUGGGAUGGGAUAAACAUUUUUUUCUACUUUGUAUGAAUACUAUCUGGUCAAACCUAACCACUUUAGUCAAAGCAAUGGUUGGGUCUAUGUUGUGCAGCUUAUGGUCUGAAACCUCCACUGAUCAUAUUGAUCAUUUAACCGAAUGGAAAAAAAAAUCUCCCAAUUUGCCACUUACAACAGUAGCUGUGUUCACAUUCCACAUGUCAUUAAUUUCCUUUGGAUGAAUUGUUGACUGUGUGCAGACUGUUAAACUGACUGAGCUUUGAUUGUGUUUAGUGCUUACAAUGCGUUGGGUGGUCUGUACCAUAUUUUAAAUAUGGAUUUAGUUUCCUCUUUGAUUCUUUGACUAAGUUGUGGAGCAUUUAUGGUCUGAAAGUUAGCUUUAGGCAUUCUAUAAGCUUAUUUUCAAAAAUUAAUAGCCGUGUCGUUGCAUUUUAAAUACAAGACUAAAACUCUGCAACCCUAACCCUAAGUGUGAGUGACUAUAAAUGAAUGAACAGCUACAACCAACCAUGCUAACGUGGGAAUGUCAGAAGCAAUUUGAUUAUUGUUACUAACAGAAAAAGACUGUCUGACCAUUGUUUCCAUUCAGAAAUGAUGUUCAACGCUACCAUUUUUUCUAAAUAUGGUUUUAACAAAAAAUAAAUUGUCAUCUUCAUCUACAGGCGAUUCAGAGUGAAACGUUUUAGGUGUUGAAAUAUUUACCUUAUCGUCCAAUCGGCAGCUUACUAUAAAAACUAAACCACUUUGGUCACGUAUUGAGGUGAAGAUUACCUAAUUUACUGUGGAUUCGGCCCAGGGAUGGGGGUCAAAAUUGGUUAAAGGUUAACUAAUCAAAAGGUUAACGGCAACAGAAUAGUUGAGUAGCCUAUUGGAGCUGGCUAGAAUUUAGUAACCAGUUCUUAGUGGUGGAGCUCAAUGUUCUGUGUCAACCAUUUUUAGUAUCCUGAGUUAAUUGGAAAAGAUUUUUUUUUUUUUUUAAAAAUCCACAUAAACUGUCUUUUAUGGUAUCAUUCUUCAACUCCUCUCCAAAUACUAUUUGCUUUUCCCCCCAAUAAACAUUGGCACAUAUAAAUAUGGUUGCUCCACGAUGUCGUGUAUAAUAAGCGAUUGGCUCAUGAUCUGUAGCCCAUUAUUCCUCAGUGAGAAAAAUACACAGCUAUAGCUGGCAGCCUGGUCUCUUGAGCGGUUUGUACACUUAAGUCUCAACACAAAGGCUUUGUUUCAAUCCCAGGACCGGUUCUUCUUCUCAUCCAGGGAUUUGCUUUCUCCUGGUCGAUUAAGUGGAGUACGAAAUACAACACAUCAUUUUGAUCUCUUUGGGGGAUUUUUCAGUGUGUAGAAUUUUCGUUUUGUAAACUAAAUUCAAAGGAAAAUAAAUGCACAAUUUCUGGACUCCUCCAACCACAAAAUUCUUGCAUUUUACUUUCAGUGAGACAGCCAAUUGACGUAACUUUAAUUCGUAAGAGAAAUCAUCGUGCAUUAAUACUAAUUUCAGAAAAAGGGGUAGCAAUGACCUUUCGUUAUCUUCAGGUCUUGCCCCAUAAAUAAAUUAACCAAUUUUAAAAAAUGACCGAUGCAGAAAUUGUUAAACAUAGCUGAGUCUUGCUUUGCCUUUCAGUUUUACUGCCUCUCAAUGCAAAAAAUUCUGUGUUCUAUCGAGAUCAGUUGUGAGGCCUUUAAUAUUCUGUGUCACUUGUGGAGGUCAAAACUGUAUUUCAUCGAAGGUGUCCAGCGUCCUUUAUUUUAAUCAAUAUUUUAAAUCAGUUCAAUAGUAUUCUAAAUGAAAUGUGAGUAGCAUUUUGACUAAGGAUCUACAGCAUUCCAUAAACCUGAAUGCUGAUGUUAACUAGUGUUCAAACCAGGUUGCCCACAAGUCAUUUUGAAAACUAAAAGGACCGCUUUUUGCUGCUUGUUAAUAAUCUGAAGGGUCUGCUAUUAGUUUCAAUCCCGAGACAAAGCGAUUCCGGCUAAUAAUGCAUUCACAUUAUAGAAUGAGUUCUGAACGUUAUGAGUAAAAUGGAAUUAUAUUUUUAAUGCAGAAAAUUACUGUUUCAAAACUCUGUAAUUCUAAUGUACGAUCUGAACUGGGUGCUUUUGCAGGUUUGGGAUUUCUAGGUAAAAUGUGUGUGAUUUAGUCUUUUAGAAUUUUAAGGAUUUAAUUUUGAGGGUUUAGUUUUAGAUUGGAUAUUGCUAUAGAAAAUUGAGUUCAUGUAUAUUCAAACCCUUCUGUUACUGUUAACACCAAAUUGUACAUUAAUAUAGGUAAUGUAUGCAUUACCAAUUGGAGCAGACUAUUUAUUAUUUAAAUGAAAUUAAAUACAAGUAUUAUAAUGAGUCACUUUUUUAAUUCUCCUCCUCGCGCUCCCCCUCCUGAGUGUUUGGCCUAGUUUUUGUUCUUAAUUUUCUGUUUCGAGACAUAUUUUGGUGAUAGAUAGAUGCCUGCAACAAAAAUAAAUAAAUUAUUAAAUUGAGAAAUUUAUCAUGCUGGAAAAGCAAUAUAUGAUAGGCCAAGUGCAAAUGGUCUACAGUAUUAAAGUAGUGAAGAUUUGAUUUAAUUCUCUGAAGGUUUCUAAUAUUCUCAUUUUUAUCCCAAUGUUACAUUUCAUGCAAAGUAUGAUAGAAUCCUUUUAAAAAAAACUCAAAUAAUUGAAGAUAAGGUGGUUUAGCAGAUAUUGCUUUUACUGAUUUAUUUGCCUCUUGAUGUUAAUAAUGUUGUAAAUAAAGAUUUCUAUUUAAAAUGUCUUUGGCGAUUUGUUACUGUAUCUUGCUAUUCAGCUGUUUGGAAACUGAUGUUGGAAGAAAGCAUUCUGUAAAAGAUGUACAUUAAAUACACACAAGCCAUGUCUGAAUAAAUUUUCAUGAUAUUAAAGUGUGUGAAUUUGAAUGUUAAAA